ACUAAAGCAGCUCUUAAAAACUGGAAACGUCAACCUUGAAUCACAACUUUUUGUGAUUACAAAAGUGAAACGAAAAUGAGCGGCAGAGGCAAAACCGGUGGUAAGGCCAGAGCAAAGGCUAAGACUCGUUCAUCCAGAGCCGGGCUUCAGUUUCCCGUCGGCCGUGUUCACAGGCUUCUUCGCAAGGGUAACUACGGAGAACGCGUUGGUGCUGGAGCUCCAGUUUAUCUCGCCGCUGUGCUCGAGUAUCUUACUGCUGAGAUUCUGGAGUUGGCUGGAAACGCCGCUCGUGACAACAAGAAAACUCGCAUCAUUCCCCGCCAUUUACAGCUGGCAGUGCGUAACGACGAGGAGUUGAACAAACUCUUGGGUGGCGUGACCAUCGCUCAGGGCGGUGUGUUGCCCAACAUCCAGGCUGUGUUGCUGCCAAAGAAGACCGAGAAGGCCGCUAAAUCAAAGUAAACUGCGGUUUCUGCACAACUAAAAAAGGCUCUUUUAACAGCCACCCACUUGAACCAUAAAAGAGCGGAAAUCGUUUAAUUUUAUAGAUUAUGCCAGUAUAACUUUACAGCAUUAACAAGACGCUUUAAG